UCGACUUCGAGAUUUAUAAAUAUUUUUAUUUACAUUUGAAAUUGACAUUUAAUAAUUUUAUCAUUGCGUACACGUAGUGAUUUUAAACUCUUUGUUUAUAUUUUAUUGGCCUCAAAGAUAAACCAUAAUAAUAAUAAUACACUAUUGUUAAAUAAACAAUUGUAAAGCUGAACUAGUAUCUUAAUCUCGAUUAAUAUUUUUCAAAUAAUAAAUGUGUCGUCUUAAAUGCUAGAGCCAUUUAAGUUGUUAUUUUUAAAACCUAAAGUAUUUUUUUUUCAAUUUUACAGAACCAUGUCUCAUAAAGUAUUUGUGUAUGGAACUCUGAAACGCAAUGAGCCGAAUCACCAUUGGCUCACAAAUCCAGAUCACGGUGUUGGACAAUUUAUAAGUGAGGGAAGGACAAAAACAAAAUAUCCUCUUAUAAUAGGAACGAAGUAUAAUAUACCCUUCUUAUUACACAGUCCAGGUGAUGGACAUAAUGUUAAAGGAGAAGUAUAUGAAGUAGAUGACACAAUGUUAGGUAAAUUAGACAUCCUGGAAGACCAUCCCAACUAUUAUGUUAGAGAAAUGGAUGAUGUUAUUGUUCAGAAAGAUGGUUCUUCAGAAGAGGAAACAUUAAAAUGUUGGAUAUAUUUCCUGAAGAACUUCCGACGAGAGCUGCUAACCAAGCCGCAGCUAGAGAACUACUCGUCCCAAGGUUCACACGGCCUGCCUUACAUGGAAAGGUCCAAACGAGAUCCUAAUGAUAAUUAUUAUCCAGAAGUUAAACGAUAAUCAGAAUGAAUUAGUUUGCAACAACGAAUCAUCAAUAGAUGAUCUCGACGAUAUGCUGCAAAGUGGUAAAAUAUCAUAAUAAAACAAAAUUGCAUUCGUACUUAAAAUGGGCUCUAAAUACAUUUUUACACUGGCAACAUUAUUUACUGCCGUAUAAAUAUUGUUAUGAAACAUUUAUCUAAUUUG